GAGAUAAGAGAUGUAAGGUCUAAGAAAAAAAGUCAUAUGGGAGUUAAUUUGAUCACUAUUUGGGGAAAUUUGGUUCAAAAGUAUGACACUGGCGCUCCUGUGUACUUACAAGGGAUUCUGUGGUUAAGUGUGCCCUGUGAGGACAAUAAGGAUUCAAAUGUUCUAUGGCUUGUAAGAGACCAUGCACACUUAGAUGUAGUUUUUUCAAUCUUUACACUGGCUCCGGUUAAGGCUGAUCUUUUCAGUUAUAACUGAUUCAAUUCCCUUUGGUUUUGCACGUGCCCCAUAUCUAAGGCUCUAUUCUUGUAGAUAAAUGUAUGCAAAAGGAUAAUUAUUAAUUUCUUCUUUGGGUGUUUAUAUCAAAAAUUAAUCAAUUAUCGACCGACUAUAAUAAAUAGUCAACAAUAUUCUACUAGCCAUAAUUCAAUUAACUGUUCCCUUUUUUCAAUGUUGUUCGUGUCUUUGAUGCUUCUUUUACUUUUUCUUGUUGUUUUAAUCCCUUGGGGAGCUGAGUUCUUGCAUCAGAGGCAAAAGAAAUAAGUCAUCUCUCUCAUCAACCUUUCUGUCGUCCAUGUGACAUUGUCCAAGGCAAGAAAAAAGGGCAGAGAGCAUAAGGAAGUGAUAGUGAAUGCUAUAAAGCAGGCACUAGAGGAUUACAGUUCUGCCUAUGUUUUCACUUUUGAGAACAUGAGAAAUCUGAAAUUUAAGGAGUUCAGGGAGCAGCUGAAAUCUAGCAGCAGAUUUUUUCUUGGGUCGAAUAAAGUCAUGCAGGUUUCCCUGGGCAGAUCUGUAGCUGAUGAAGCCAAGCCGGGCAUUCAUAAACUUUCUAAGUGUCUUCGUGGGGAUGCUGGACUCUUCUUCACUAAUUUGGAAAAAGAGGAAGUUCAAAGGUUAUUUGAAAAAUUUGAAGAACAUGAUUUUGCAAGGACAGGAUGCAUUGCAACCGAAAAGGUGGAACUAAAAGAAGGCCCAUUGGAACAAUUCUCGCAUGAAAUGGAGCCUUUUAUCCGCAAACAGGGAUUGCCAGUUCGCUUGAACAAAGGAGCCAUAGAGCUAGUCUCCGACUUUGUUGUGUGUGAAGAAGGGCAGCCCCUAUCCCCUGAAUCAGCUCGAACAUUGCGCUUGCUUGGAAUCAAGAUGGCCACCUUCCGCCUCCACCUUGUCUGCCGUUGGAACCCCGAUGAUUUUGAAGUCUAUAGAGAAGGAUUGGAUCUUUCAGAUGUCGAAUCCUCGUAGGGUCCAUCCAUGAUCCAAGAUGUGAUUUCACCUCUCGUCUCCCACCUUGUGUGUCUUCGGAGCCCUUGUGAUUUGAAGUCUGUUAUAGGGAAGGGUUGAAUCUUUCAGAUGCGACUUGUAUGCAGUGGCAGUGAUACAAGUGGCGGCCGAAGUUUGGUGGUGCAAUUUUUGUUUCCCCGUGUCACCAACAUUUAGAUAAAGAUGUGAGCUGCUUUGUUUGGAAGUUGAUUUCAUGACAUCCAUUGGGAUGUAAUCUUGCAUCAUUGAAAGAAGCGAUUCUGAUUUAAAAGUUAAAAAUGUUACAUCUA